GGGUACAAUAGCCCGGCGCAUAAUCUACAAAGGGCUAACGAGUAUGUGAGUCAAAAUAUGGUCACAGUUGAAAUUCAAGGUUGGACCAAUGCUUCUCAACAAGACUUGAUAAACUUUCUUAAUCGCAAGGCUCGGAUCGUAGUCACCAAUCCUACUGUUGACCCAAGUGGUAAACUAUUACAAGGACAGGUUCGAACCAUGAGGGAUGCUCAAGAUUUAGUUAAAUGUUCAGGCUUAAGAUUUGCGGGUCAGACGUUGUUCAUCAGAAUAAUCGACAACAACGGAAUGAACGAUCAAGCAGGUGCCAAAAACACUAUUGAUUUGUUGAGAAAUUUCAUAUUAGCAAGUUACAACUCUGAAAGUAGAAUGCUUGAUUUGCAAAACGUUCAAAAUAAUCAAACAUUGGUCAAUAACGGAUUAUUCUCUAAUGCAAAUACAACAUCUAAAUUUUUCCCUGCUCUUAUGAAAGUUGCUCAGAAGGAAAAAAUUCAAAUCGAUUCGAUAAACUUAAGUAAUAACAACCUAGAUGAUCAUUCAAGAUGGUUGUAUGAGCUUUCCCUUUGUUUCCCUGAUGUCAAAAAUAUUGCCCUAAGCAAUAACAAUAUCAGAAAGAUCGACUUGUUUGACAGAUUGAAAAAUAAGUUUCUUCAACUAAGGGAGCUCAUUGUUCAGGGAAAUCCAAUAGCACAAGAUAUGAAUGCCAUGCAGAAACUGGUUUCUAUAUUUCCUAGAUUGAUCAUUAUUGAUGGAGCCCAGGUCAGAGACGAACAAAAAUUAAAUAGUAUAUUAACUUUUCCUGUCAAAUCCACAUCAGUCUUCUUUGAGAAUGAUGAACUUUCCAAAGCUGCUACAAAUUUUUUAAGCUCCUAUCUUAAUUUCUGGGAUACAAACAGACUGAAUUUGAUGGUGUUAUACACCCCACAAUCACAGUUCUCUUUUCAGUACGACUCUUCUGCAAUUUCGGAAUAUUCAGGAAACACCUCACCAAGUCUUUGGAACAACUAUACAUCACAUUCAAGAAACUUGAAAAGAGUUUCUAACGAAAAAUCACGAAUGAUGAGACUAUUUGUAGGACCAGAGCAAAUUUUAAAUGCUUUCAACUGUUUACCAAAAACGAAACAUUCCUUAGGAACUGAUCCUACUAACUACUCGAUUGAAACUGUCUCAUAUCCUGCACUAGGUGGCAUGAUGAUAACUUUGCAUGGUGAAUUUGAGGAAGUGGGGCAACCUGAUCAGCAAUUUGCAGACAUAACCUCAAAUAGUAAUAAAGGUCACGGGUACAACAAAUAUAAAAACAAUCAAAACAGGAGAGGAAUUUUAGAAAAGAGAUGUUUUGAUAGAGUAUUUGUUGUAGUUCCUGGAGCUAAUGGUGCUUUUAUAGUUGCCAGUGACAUGCUUUGUAUCAAGCUAUAUUCUGCCAAAAAAUCAUGGAACAACGUUGAUAUUAAUAGUACUUUCCAGCCUACUCCAAGUUCGAGCUCUGUUCCUGUCACUAUAAGCACUCCAAUACCUCAAAGUUUGCCUGCUGACGUUGCUGGACGGUUAAAUCUUACUCAGCAAGAGCUUGUGCUGAAAAUUAUGACUGAGACAAGGUUGAAGCUGGAAUUUGUGCUAAUGUUAUGCGAACAAAGCAACUGGGAUUAUACUACAGCUGGGCAAAAUUUCAUCAACAGCAAGAGCAAUAUACCUCCUGAUGCUUAUGUG